CUCUCCUCUUUCAACUUCACCUUGUCGAUCAGCCCAUUCCAAGCACAUCUAGUAUCGCUUCAACAUCAACUUGGACCAACACAAUCGUGCUUUGGGGCACAUAACCACAACCAUGAUUACCCUAGGCUUGAUCUACACCCUGAUCAUCCUCAUCCUCAUCGCCUUCGCCAUAUACGAACACAUCCACGCCCAAUCCCUCUCCCUCCCCAUUUCCCCCGGUCUAACCCUUCUCACCAUCCUCCUCCCCCUCCUCUCCGCUUUCAACACCGCCUACCUCUACCGCGUCUCAACCACCACCAGUCCCAACCAACAAAACCGGCCAAAGCUAAUAACCGCCCACUCCUCCUCAACCAUAACCCCCAACCCCUCCAACCCGCACCAACAACUCCAAGUAACUCCUCACGGACUCCGCCCUCACGCCCGUCGCCCGCUGCAUCCUUCCAGUCCAAGUCCAAAAAAUCCAACCCUCAGAUCCCUCCUCCCAAGCUUAUCCCAAACCCUCCAAACAACCCAACUAACCCUCUCCCUCAUCCUCCUCACCCUCGCCACCUCCUCCCUCACCUCCGCCCCCUUCUCCUCUUUCCCUAGUUCCGGCCUCGGAAGCAUAGAACAAUGCGCCCUCGAACAAACCUGGUCUCACUUCUUCCGGAGCCACGACGCCGAUUCCAUCCGCAAGAUCCAAGACGCGUUGCAGUGUUGCGGGUUCAGGAAUCCGAAGCAUAUGAGUUGGCCUUUUCCUAGUGGGAGGAAUGGACAACCCGGCGGAGGGGGGAAGGGGACGGAGCAAUGUGGGACGAUGUGGCCUGAGAGGAAAGAGGGGUGUGCGAAGGCGUGGGAGGGGGAGUUUAGGGGGGCGAUGGGGGGAGAAAUUGGGGUGGUUGCGGGGGUUAUGUUGCUGCAGAUUGUAGGGUGGGGGGUGGGGAGGUGGAUGAAGGCGAGGGCCGCUGGGAGGGCGAGAGCGAGAGCGAGGACGGGGGCUGGGGGAAGGGGGAGUGGGAUGGUUAAUGGUGAGGGAAGUACUGCAGGCAACGGAAACAACAACAACAGCUGGUGGAAUAAACUCCUCCAAAGCUUCGGGGUGCCACAUGGGGAUGAGGAGGAUACUUAUCGUGGAUUGGAAGACGGGGGAGCGCAGAGACGGCCGUUGCUUGGUGCGGGACAUGGAGAGGGUCAUGUUGGUAUUGAGGAGGUUGAUGAUGAAGAUGAAGAUGGAGAUGGAGAGGAAAGGGAUGUAGAGAGGGGAGGGAGUGAUGAGGAGAGCAGGCCGGAUGGUGUGAGAAGGGGAGGGAGCGGGUAUGGAAGUGCUAAUUCUAGGGUUCAGCCGAGUGGCAUUCAUGUUGCUGAUCCGUGGGCUGAUGGGAACUGAGGACCUGGUUGUGGGAAAAUAGGGUUCGAGGAGGUGAGGCUAGUCUGGAAUCUGAUAAUGUGGUCGAUGAGGCAGUAGCUCGGGUUAUCGAAAAAAAACGGCAUCUAGUAGCACUGAUGAGAUGGUAUUGAAGCUUUGCGUUUCAUUUCUUUACACCUGUUAGUACCAGCUUUGAGCGGACGGCGACGACAAGAGAUUUUCGCCAUGUACAUUAUGCACAGUUCCUCCUUAUAACAACACCUCUACCACUCC